AUGGAAGUAUCCCAGUCCACAUGUCUGUUUCUCCUAUUUCUCCUCACCCAUGGGCUGCCUCCAGAAGUGGCUGCCAAAGGUCAGGAAACAGCAGAUGGCCCCAGAGCUGCCCACGAACCUGUGCUGCUCACAGAUGUCUCAGCUGCUGCUGAAUUCAUCGCUGCUGCCGAGGUGGCUCUCAUAGGCUUCUUCCAGGACUUAGAAAUACCAGCAGUGUCUAUAUUUCAAAGCAUGGUGCAGAAAUACCAAGAUGUAGCCUUUGGAAUCAGCACUAAUUCUGAGGUUUUGACCCAUUACAACAUCACUGGAAAUGCUAUCUCCCUCUUUCGGCUGGUGGAUAAUGAACAACUGGAUUUAGACAAUGAAGAUGUUGACAGCAUUGAUGACAGCAAAUUGAGCCGUUUCAUUGAGAUCAAUAGUCUCCACUUCGUAACAGAGUACAACCCUGUGACUGCAAUUGGCCUAUUCAACAGCUUGAUUCCAAUCCAUCUUCUGAUGAUGAUUAGCAAGACCUCUCCAGGGUAUGUAGAAAACAUGGACAGAUACCAGAAGGCAGCUAAACUUUUCCAGGGGAAGAUUCUUUUUAUCCUGGUGGACAGUGAUAUAAAGGAGAAUGGGAAGGUGAUAUCAUAUUUCAAACUUAGGAAGUCUAAACUGCCUGCCCUGGCAAUUUACCAGAUCUCAGAUGAGGACUGGGAUACAUUGCCCCUGGCAGAGGUUUCAGAAGAAAAAGUGCAAAGCUUUUGUGAUGGAUUUCUAAACGGGAAGCGAUUGCCCACACUGCUUCAGCCAGUGACAGUGGAGCAUCAUGUGGGCCACCCUGAUAAGCCAGCUGUGAGGAAGUGCUUUGUGGAACCCCAUGAAUCUUCCCCACCUGCAACCACCUAUUCACAUUAA